AUGCGCCGGGAGCUGCUGCUGCUGCUGCUGCCCCUGGUGGGGGCAUCUGCCCAGGAUCCCCGGUACACGAUAACCCAGAACAAGUCCCUGUCAGCGCCGGCCGGGGGCUCCGUCACCCUGCCCUGCGCCUUCACCUACCCCCGCGAGAUCGAGCCGCUGCGGGACCUCCGGGUUUACUGGAGACGGGGGGGAUUCCAUGGCAAGUUUAUCUACAAUCACACCGAGGGGUUCACCCACCCGGAUUAUGGGGGCCGCAUCGUCCUGGUCGGGGACCCGCGGAGGACCCGAACGGCCUCGAUCCGCAUCAACCGGCUGCAGGAGUCGGACGCCAGCGAGUACGUCUGCCACGUCAGGGUGCAGAAGAACGACAGCGAAUGGGAGCAAUGGAGCGGUUACCCUGGAAUCCACCUCGCGGUGACAGCUCCCAGCCCCACAGACAGCACGUGGCACCCAGAAAUGGUCACAACUGGUGCAGCGGAUGCGGGGAGAACCUACUCCCAACACAUCGACACCGUUCACCUCGUCCUCAUUGGCCUCGUCCUGGUGCUUUCCAAGGCCGGCGUCUGCGGCCUGGUCUUUGCCCUGGUCCGGCCUGGCUGGGAUCACGGCCCAGAGAGCGUCACCGGGCAGGUGUCAGGGAGCGACGCACUAUCAGCGUCAGGAUUUGAACUCACCUCCCUGGCGCUGCGCUCUCCGCCAGGCAUCCCCGGGGAAUGACACUGUCCAGCAGCAGUAGAAUGGCUGUAAUCCUCCAGCAAAACACCCGCUGGCCAGAGCAGAGAGGG